AUGUGCCUUGAACAAGUACUGCCAGAUGAGAGAGAAUUUCAACAUGCUGCUAAAAUGAACAAUUUGGAUACCAUGAAAAAGCUGUUUAAAAAGAAUGUUAACAUAAAUGCUGUAGAUACUCUGAAGCGCACAGCAUUCCAUUUUGCUGUUGCGGGAGGCCAUGUGUCCGUGGUGGACUUUCUUCUUCAUCACAAAGCUAGACUUGACAUGGCAGAUCAGGUAAGCUAGCAUGGCCUGACAGUGAUUCAUCUUGCAGCCUGGACUGGAAAUCUGGAUAUAAUGCAAAAAUUAGUUAAAGCAGGUGCUGAUCAAAAGGUUAAGAAUGAGGAAGGAAUGAACAUACUGCAUUUUGCAGCUCAGAGCAACAGCAUUAAAAUAGUUGAUUAUUUCCUCCAAGAUCUUCAUCUGAAUGACUUGAACAAACCUGAUAAAGGUAAAAAGCCAUUUCUUCUGGCCUCUGAAAAAGGCCAUGUUGACAUGAUAAAAAAUUUUAUUGCUCUGAAGCUAUUUACUUCUGAAAAAGAUGAGGAAGGAAACACAGCAUUGCAUUUAGCAGCCAAAAAUGGUCACAGUGAAGCUGUAGAAAUUCUGCUUGAGCAAUGGGAGGAAAUAAAUGACCUCAACCAGAAUGGAGAAACUCCAUUUUACUUGGCUGUUGAGGGAGGUCAAAAAUGUGCUGAACUCUUACUGGAGGCAGGGAGUGACAUCAAUGUUUCAACUCAGAACCAUAACAGUGCUUUGCAGGUUGCAAUUCAGAAUGGACAUCUAUCCUUGGUUACUUUUCUUAUUGAUAAGAAUAUUGACCUGGUUCCUAAAUCUGAGCAGAAGAAUUCCCCUCUCCAUUUAGCAGUCCUAAGUAAUAAUCUCCUGGUAGUAAAAAGCCUUUUGGAUGCCAAUCACGACAUAAACUCCUUAAAUCACAGGCAGGAGACCCCUCUACAUCUGGCGGCUGAUCUUGGCAAUGGGGAGUUGGUGGAAGUGCUGCUGAAGUCAGGCUGCAAUCUCAAGACCAUGGAUAAGCAUGGGAAAACUGCACUAGCCACAGCAUCAAGGAGCCAUCAUGCCCUCAUUGUAGAUAUGAUCAUUAAAGCAGAAAGGUAUUUUGCCAUGAAACAGACACAUCUAGCUCAUAGUGGUAAUGCAUCAGACUUCAGUGUGUCCUUCAAACAAGAUCACAGCACACAGACCAAGCAAAUCUGUACCUCCCUUUGGAAUCUAGCAUACAACCAGUUAAAACCCCGUGAAUGGAAAAAACUGGCUGUGUUCUGGAAGUUCACAGAUGAACAAAUUAAAGCUAUUGAAGAACAGUGGACAGGGAAAAAAAGUUACAAGGAACAUGGGAACAGAAUGUUGCUCAUCUGGUUACACGGCACAUUGCUGGCUCAUCAGAAUCUUGUUAAACAUCUAUUUGAAGAUCUGGUGGAAGCAGGACUUCAGCCUUUAGCUGAGAAGAUCAGAGCUUCAAUUAGCAUUAGCAUGGACUCCAGGAAAUGUGUAAUUUCAUGAGUUCAUCAACAAAACAUGGCAUAUAUGAUGGAAUUAAAUGCCAGAAGGAAAGUGGCUUUCAAAUAUCUUUUUGGAAAACAAAAACCAUAUUUUGAAGUUGUACAACUUUUUCCACCCUAGAAGAACUUGCACUCCUGAAAUGGUUACUUUCUUCUCAAAUGCUUGCUAAAUAGAAAUGUUAAAACUUUAAGAAUAAAUGGCUGACUGGUAGCUUAUAACUGCUAAGCAAGAUUCACCACUUACAAUUUCUACACCUGGCCUAACACUGAUAAAGUAAUUCUGUAUUGAACAGCAAAUUAAGCUACUUUGUGUUUGAUGUGAAAUGUAAAUAAGAUGUUUUCUACAUGAAAAAAAUUAAAAUUAGUAAGUGAAAGUUAUGUGUAUAAAUCAAUUAACACUUGGCAAAUAAAUUGGCAUCUGGCCUCCUUUGGGAUUAAUAAAUUCUUGCUAGGAUUAUGAAAAAUCUUUCUACUGCAGCAUUUGAUUUAUGUAGUGAAGAAACACAAAAAUGUCAUGUGUAAACACCAUGUGUGGCUGGCUGCAGAAUUUUCUAUCAUGGCAUAACACUGUAUACACACCCUCAAAAGAACAUUUGAUAUUUAAUUCUUCACACAUCUAGCAAUUAUUUACUUAUUUCUUGUUUAUAUAUUGAAUUGAUACUUGGCAGUGUUGGGCUGAGUAUGUUUAAAGGUUUUCUUAUUACUCAAUAAAUUUCAUAUCUGAAAAAU